AUGCGAGCAUCCGACCUGACCGUUGAAUAUGCGAAACUACGGAGCGAAUUUCGGAGCGGUACCUUACCGAACGACGAGUACGUGACGGCGUCCAAGGAGCUUGAUUUGAAAUUGGAAGCACUCGACCUCGAUAUGCCACAAGCUUGGCACUACUCAACCACUCUGGUCGAAUAUAAAUCGGACAGGGUCUUCGAUCUUCGUUUGAUUCCUAUCCGCAUCGAAACAUGUUAUGCACGGGAUUUUCUCUGGGUUGGCGGGGUCCUUCUAAAUGAAACGCUUAUUGAUGGCUAUUUGGGGUCACCUGAAGGAGAAAAGUAUAAGGCGUUGAUGGGUGUAGCGCAUGAUUACAUCGAUACAUUGGCGGGAGAAAUAUGCGCAUCUGCACCUCAAUAUACCGACUGUGAUGGCCUGGCUCGACAGAGAUUACCUUCUUUUGAGAAUUCGGAACUCAGGGAUCAUGGCUCAAGAUGA